AUGAAGUUCGGAGAAACCUUACGAUCAUCUCUUAUCAAGGAGUAUGCUUACUAUUAUAUUCAAUAUGAUGAACUAAAGCAUUUCUUGAAGAGAGGAUUAGAUAGAACAGACCGUAGAUGGUCGGGAAAACUUGAAGAGGACUUUGUUAACAAGUUGGAACAAGAACUAAGCAAGAUAUAUGGGUUUACUACGUUGAAAGCUCAAGAAAUUAAUAGGAGAAUUGCCGAUGUUGAUAAGCUAGUCAACAGGACCGUUGAGAAUUCGAGGAAUGCCACACCAGAGGAAAUGGAAUAUUUUGAACAAGAUUAUGAGGAUUUGGAGGAUGAGUUGAGGGAUAUUAUUUCGGACGUUUAUGAUUUGAAUACCUUCACACAGCUCAAUUAUACGGGCUUUCAAAAAAUUUUGAAAAAGCAUGAUAAGCAGACAAAAUAUACUCUCAAACCUAUUUAUCAGACAAGGUUAGACUCGAAGCCCUUUUAUAAAACUGAUACAGACAAGCUGAUUGUUAGACUUUCUAAACUUUACGAACUAGUUCGAACCAGGGGAAAUCCAACGAAGGGUGAUUCAGCUGCAGGAGGAAAAACACAAAACUUCGUCAGACAGACAACUAAGUAUUGGGUGCAUUCCGACAAUAUUACGGAGUUAAAAUUGAUUAUUUUGCAGCAUUUACCUGUUCUUGUGUUUAAUCCGAACAAAGAUUGGGAGGAAGAUGAUUCUGCUAUUACAUCAAUUUAUUUUGACGAUGAGAGCAUGGAUUUGUAUUAUGGUCGUCUUUUAAAGACCGAAGGUGCUGAGGCCAUACGUAUCAGAUGGUAUGGAAAUAUGGAAGUUGAUAACAUGUUUAUUGAAAGAAAAACUCAUAGGGAAGAUUGGACUGGUGAGAAAUCUGUGAAGGCUCGUUUCCCGAUGAAAGAGUCCAAGAUUAAUGAUUUCCUAAGGGGUAAGUUCACGGCAAAGCAGGCGUUUGAGAAGAUGAGAAAAGAUGGAAGAAAAUCAAAGUCUGAAAUUGAUUCCUUGGAACGGUUGGCUGAAGAAGUUCAGUAUAGGGUUCUUAAGGAUAAGCUGCGACCAGUUAUGAGAACUUUUUACCAUAGAACGGCAUUCCAACUUCCUGGAGACGCUCGUGUUAGAAUAUCGUUAGAUACAGAUUUGACGAUGGUUCGUGAAGAUAACUUUGAUGGUAUCGAUCGUACUAAAGGUAACUGGAGAAGAAUGGAUAUUGGCAUUGAUUACCCAUUCCAGAACUUACCUCCUAAAGAUGUUGAGCGGUUCCCGUACGCUGUUUUAGAGGUUAAAUUACAGACGCAGAUGGGGCAAGAACCUCCACAGUGGGUCAGGGAUAUGGUGGCUUCUCAUUUGGUGGAGGCAGUUCCUAAGUUUUCGAAGUUUAUACAUGGAUGUUCCACACUUCUACCUGAGAAGGUCGAUUUGAUUCCAUUUUGGUUGCCACAGAUGGGUGUUGAUAUUCGGAAGCCAAAGAGAGAUCAAAACUACGGUAUCACACAUAGACAUGAAGGUACGAUUUCUGAUUCGACAAGCACUUCAUUGACCGGGCCUGACACAUUAGGAGCACGUGGUAAUCAUAUGGAUGAGGAGGAAGCAAUGACUUCGAAUGGCAGCAGCCAAAAUUACGGUGCUGUCAGGAUUGCUGAAGCUGAUAAUAGAAUUGAGGAAUUGCCAGAAGAAGUUCAUAGCGACACUUUGUACGGAAAGAUUAAGGAUGAUUUGUCUAAAGUUUACAGGUAUUUCUUUGCUUACGGUAAUGAGGAAUUUCCUAAUGCCGUUGCGCCAGGAACGGUGUUUGAAACGCGUGUCCAUGCCCCUCCAGGAAAGAAAAUUGCUGUUCCAGUCCGUGUUGAACCAAAAGUCUACUUCGCCACCGAAAGAACAUAUUUAUCCUGGCUUUCUAUUUCGUUGAUAUUUGCCGCCACUGGCCAGACUUUAAUGAAUUACGGUGAUCUUGUUUCGUUCAUAACAUCCACCUGCUUCUACCUUUUGGCUGUUAUGACUGUCAUGUACUCAACCGGUAUGUAUAUAUGGAGAGUCAUAAAUGUGAGAAGGAAAAGAGCUGCUAGAUAUGAUGACAAAUUUGGUCCAGAUGCACUUUGUGCUGCUAUUGUGAUUGCUGUGCUCAUUAAUUUCUUGUUUAGAUAUCUUUAUUAG